AUGCGUUUUCUCUUCGUCGCGCUCUCGUCGUAUCUCGGUCUCUGGGUCGACCAAGUGCGCUUCAUCCCAGCUCUGCUGCCGUCGCCGUCGACGUCAACGACCGGUGGCCGGUCGCUCGCGGACAAGAAGGCCGAAGCCAUUGCAUUCGUCCACGACCAAAUGGCGACGUAUGCGCUGCCGGGUCUUGCGCUCGCAGUGGUCUACAAGAACGAGACCAUUAUUGCUUCCGGAUUUGGCACCAAGCAGUAUGGCAACGACACGAAUGUCGUGACGGCCGACACGAUUUUCCAAAUUGGUUCGUUCUCCAAGACGUUCAUUGCACUCGGCAUCGGCAAGCUGGUCGAUGAAGGCCGUCUUCACUGGGACGACCCGGUCAAGCUCCGCCUUCCGUGGUUCCAGCUCAAGGACAAGUACGCCGAAGAGUACACGACGCUCGGCGACCUCCUCGCGAUGAACUCGGUCUUUGCAUCUGGUCAAGGCGACGAAGCGUGGAUGCUGGGUGGCGUUGAUGAGCGUGCGUCGGUGCGUGCGGCUGCCUACCUCGAGACGGACGGCCGGCCGCUGCGCCCUGGCUACGCUUACGCCAACAUGAACUACGAGAUCCUCGGCCAAGUCAUCGAGUACCAGACCAACCAAACGUGGUCGCAGUACCUUCACACGACGUUCUUCAAGCCGCUUGGCAUGAGCAACACGUACGGCGCUGUGCGUGACGUCCCGCUGUCUGGCGAUCUCUCGUUUGCGCAUUACCACUGCAACAAGUUGGUCGCUGGUCCGUUCGACCAGCGGACGUCGCCGGAGGUUGUCCUCAACGGAAACGACUACCUCUCUGCGGGUUCGGUCGUCUCGUCGGCCGGCGACUUGGCGAUUUUCGCAAAGUUUUUGCUCUCAAAGGUCGCGGGCAUCUUUCGCUCACCGACGAUCCUCGACACGAUGAUCACGGGCCACAGCAUCAACACGAUGUUUUCUUCUCUUGGACCGUUGGUGGGGUAUGCGUAUGACGCUGAUGGCGAUGCGCUCACGGCCGGCUACGGGUUUGAUGCGGUUGGUGACAUCAUGUACGGGUACCAGUAUUUUGACAAGGGUGGUGACACCUUUGCUUUCAAGACGCGCAACGGGUUCAUUCCCUCAGAAGACCUCGGCGUCGUCCUCCUUUCCAACUCGGAAGGACGUGGCGGUGCCCCCCGUGACGUUUUUGUCGAAGACCGCAUCCGGACGUACCUUCUCGGUAUCUUCCUCGACGUGCCGCAAGCAACGCUUACGGCGACGUACGAGUCUGCGGUGGCUGCCGCUGCCGCCGCGAGGCCGUCGACACCUUGCGACGCCCAUCUCUUUCAAGGCAAGCCGUGGACGAGCCUCGGGUCCCCCGUGUUAACGAGCGACCGCCAAGCACUGGUUGGCACCUACGUCUCUGUUGCGUCGGCCGGGUUUUAUGGCAAUUUGACGCUCUCCGAAGGCAACGGCUCGCUCUUGCUGCAUUAUGGCAGAGAUACAGCUCCGGUGCUCGUCAAGGACGACGGCGGGUACCUGUGGACGACGGCGACGGCGGGCUACAUGUUCGCUCCGUUCCUCGAUAUCAAACAUAUCGGCACCAAUCACACGCAAGUGACGCUCGUUGGACACCCGUUUGUUAAGAAACCGUAA